AUGGAGCUGGCGAUGGAGAACCUGGGCAGCCUGCACGGCGUCCCGCACUCGCAGCCCGCCGAGCUGCUGAGCCCCGCGCACGGGCGGCAGAGCUCGCACCGCAACCUGGUGCCGCACGGGCGGCCCGCCAUGGUCUCGGGCAUGGCCUCCAUCCUGGAGGGGGGCGAUUACCGCGGCGAGCACAGCCUGGGCGCCCCGCUGCACCCCGCCAUGAGCAUGUCCUGCGAGUCGCCCUCCGGCAUGAGCCUGAGCAGCACCUACACCACGCUGACCCCCCUGCAGCACCUGCCGCCCAUCUCCACCGUCUCGGAGAAGUUCCACCACCCGCACCACCACCACCACCACCACCACCCGCACCAGCGCCUGGCCGGCAACGUCAGCGGCAGCUUCACCCUCAUGCGCGACGAGCGGAGCUUGGCCUCCAUGGGCAACCUCUACAGCCACUACCCCAAGGACAUGCCGGCCAUGGGGCAGCCCCUGUCGCCGCUGCCCAACGGGCUGGGCAGCCUCCACAACGCCCAGCAGCCGCUGGCCCCUUACGGCCCCGCCGGCCACUUGCCCAACGAGAAGAUGCUCUCGCCCAACGGCUUCGACUCGCACGCCGCGAUGCUGUCCCGGGGCGAGGAGCACCUGGCGCGGGGGCUGGCGGCGCCCAGCUCGGCCAUGAUGCCGCCGCUCAACGGGAUGCACCCGCACGGCCACCCGCACGGCCAGCCCGGAGCAUCGCUGCUGGGAGAGCGGGAGCGCCCCGCGCCCGGCCCCGGCUCCCAGCCCGGCGGCUCCGGGCAGGUGGAGGAGAUCAACACCAAGGAGGUGGCUCAGCGGAUCACGGCCGAGCUGAAGCGGUACAGCAUCCCGCAGGCCAUCUUCGCUCAGAGGAUCUUGUGCCGCUCCCAGGGGACCCUCUCGGACCUGCUGCGGAACCCCAAGCCCUGGAGUAAGCUCAAGUCCGGCCGGGAGACUUUCCGCAGGAUGUGGAAAUGGUUGCAGGAGCCGGAAUUUCAGAGGAUGUCGGCGCUCAGGCUGGCAGAUGAACCAUUAAUUAUUCAGCCGGGAGACGGGGGGGCCGCAGCUCCCGCCGCCCCGGGCUCCCUCUGGCUCUGCUCGCCCCAAGGGACCCUGCAAAAGAGGGGGGGGUCCCACGGGGAAAUCUCUGGGCAGCAGCUGGCGGUGCCCAGCCCGUCCCUCGGGCCUUUCAUCUCUGCGACCCCACGUCGCGGCCGCAGCCCCCGCGGCCCCGCUCCAGAUUCAGCGCCACAAACUUCGCGACCGCCCCACGAGGCCUGCGAGGGCCCGCGGGUGGGGGAGAGCUCCCACCGUGGCGCUUUUUGGGGUCCCUGCACGGCUCCGACCCCCACCCGCUACACCCCGUCCCUGGGGGCGAAAGAGGCGUCGGCUUCGUCCCCGUGGGAUGAUGCGGGAAGCGGGAAUUUCUUCCCCGAGCAAAUCGCCGCCGCACGUUCUGGCAUUCCACGAAAUGCGGCCAACUCCGGCCGCCGGUGCGGAGCCUCCCGCGCCGAGGGGCCACCGCCGGCGUGCCCGGCUCCGCGGGGGCUCCGCGGGGGCUCCGUGUCCCGCACCGUGUCCCGCACCGUGUCCCGCAGCUCCCCGUGCCCUGGCGUGGGGGUGUGUGUCACAUUUCGG